AUGGGUGCUGACACCAAGUUAGACCAAGAUGUCGAUCUAUACUACAAGAAGACGUUCAUGGGGACGCACACCGAUGGCGACUAUGUUUCUCUCACAUUCAACGGCACCGCCAUCACCAUCUACGGUGCCAAACGGACCAACCAUGGUGCCUAUUCGACUCAGCUUGACGGUGGGAGCACGACCCUACAGAUAGGCUACUUGGCCGAUAUCGAGUUCCAAGUACCAAUCUUUUCGGCCCAGUCCCUCUCCAGCGACGAUGAACAUACGAUCGUUUUGAAGAAUCUGCCGUCGCAGACAAGCGCUAGUGGGACGAACAAUACGCAAUGGUGGUUGGAUAUCGACUUUGCUGUGAUCACGACGUCUACACAAGGCAAGGUCUGGACUACCACCUACGACGAUUCAUCGCCAGCAAUGAAGUAUAUCGGCUCGGGGUGGAACCCCAACACUAGUGCGGGUACAAGUUAUUACAACCGUACGGCGUACAUCACGCAGACUGUGGGCGACUCGGUAUCGCUAGACUUUAACGGCUCGAGUGUGCAAGUGUUUGGAGGGCUCUACAACGACCAUGGAAACUAUUCUGUAUCGCUUGACGGGGCCAAGGCUACCAGUUAUAACGGAACAUUCUUCAACCUGCAGGCUGGCGUCAGUCUCUUUCAAGCCAGCGGGCUGGAUGAAGGUCCCCACAGCGUCCAGCUCAUCAACCUCGGCCAAGGCCCCAAGGGCAAGUACUUCGACAUUGACUACAUCGUCGUCAACUCUACCGUCGACCCCGCUUUGUCUGGUGGCAACAAUACCGAAGGCGAUUCGACCUCUACCUCUACCGCAUCCCCUGAUUCUAGUACUUCUUCCUCGUCUAUGACCUCUGGCGCUAUCGCCGGCGCAGUUGUGGGCGGUAUCGUCGGCCUCGCCCUAGUCGUCGUUCUCGCAUGGUUCUUGUUCCGGCGUAACAAGAGUGCGCCGGGCCGGCCAGAGUCGCCGUAUCUCAAACCGGGCAGGCUUGAUACGCGUAUGGACUUGAACGGGGACGAGGUCAAGCCGUUCAUGAGCAACGAUUCCCAAGCUCCUCGUGCGCUUCCUGGUGCUGCUGUCGGUGCUUACUAUACCACCCUCGCCCCGCAUAACUCUGCGAACAACAGUCAUUCUUACCCUCUAGGUCCCUUGGGACGAGACGAUCUUGAGGAACGCACGCCAUUCUUGAAUGGUAGCCCUGCACCACCGCCGAGUAAUACUUUGAGUUAUCCCAGGAGUGAGGUCCCGCCGAAUGGUGCUGGGUUGCCACUACCCAGCUCGGAAGGAGCAAAUAACAGUUCCUCCGGGCGAAGCUCCAAGUCCGCCGGCGUCUCCCUGCCCUACACUGCCCACCCCCCACCCCAAUCGCCUCGCUCCUCCCUCAACACCAACCGUAACCCUCACCCCGCUCCAGCAUCAUCCCACCAAGUGUCUUCCCCGGGCGCAGACUUGCCAGACCCGCAUCAACCUUACGCCAGCCCAACCUCUGGAGAUGCGAGGCGUAGCCAAGCGUCGUUGGGCCGGAUGUAUGUACCUGGGAGAGAACAGGAUAUAGGGCCGUUGGGAGCUGGGUUUGAUGAAGUGCCAAGGUCGGAGGAGGUUUUGCCGCCUGAUUAUAGUCAGGCUACGGAACCGCUGUCGGGGCAGAGGAGGGUUUAA